AUGAUCUGGCCGAAUCGUAAUAUUUAUGAUGGUCAUUGGUUUGACAGCAAGAUGCAUGGAUCAGGUGCAAUGCUGUAUGCGGAUCGCAGGAUAUAUACUGGUGGUUGGUUGAAUGGUAUGAAAUCAGGUCCGGGCAUCAUGAGUUGGCCUAAAGGCGAAAAAUGUGAUGCUGUUUGGGUUGAUGAUAAAGCAGUUUGUGAUGCCAUUUGUUUUCCAAAAUGUUUGAAUGGUGGAAAAUGCACUGGACCAAACUCUUGUACCUGUACAUCAUUGUGGACUGGACCUCGCUGUGAAACACAGCCAAAAUUCAACAAAUGGAAACAAAAUGCCAUCACUGUAGUUGGUGGAAACGGACAAGGACACGAAUUAAAUCAACUCAAUUACCCUGUUGGAAUCUUUAUUGAUAAAAAGAAGAACAUUUUUAUUGCUGAUCGUUUUAAUAAUCGUAUUGUUGAAUGGAAAUAUAAUGCAACAGAAGGACAAAUCAUUGCAGAUGGAAAUGAAUAUGAAAAUCGAACGGAUCAAUUGUUUUAUCCAAUAGAUGUGAUUAUUGAUCAACAAAAUCAUUCGACCAUCAUUGCUGAUCUUGAGAACAGACGAGUGAUUCGAUGGGUGAAUCAAAAGCAACAAAUUCUCAUUAAGAAUAUUGACUGUUUGGGCUUGACAAUGGACAACAAUAGAUUUCUUUAUGUUUCCGAUGAGAUGAAAAAUGAAGUGAGACGAUGGAAAAUGGGAGAAUAUAACAAUGAAGGAAUUAUAGUGGCAGGUGGAAAUGGAAAAGGAAAUAAACUUAAUCAACUCAGUAGUCCAGGUUUUAUCUUUGUUGAUGAUGAUCAAUCUGUUUAUGUAUCAGACUCGUCCAAUCAUCGUGUGAUGAAAUGGAAAAAAGAUGCAAAAGAAGGAACAAUUGUGGCUGGAGGAAAUGGUGAAGGAGGGAAUCUUAAUCAAUUGUCUGAUCCACUAGGAGUCAUUGUUGAUAAUUUUGGUCAGAUCUAUGUGGCAGAUUAUGAGAAUCAUCGAGUAAUGCGUUGGUGCGAAGGAAAAAAAAGAAGUGAUUUAUCUUUUGAUGAUGAAGGAAAUCUUUAUGUUGCUGAUUCGAAAAAUCAUCGGAUUCAAAAAUUUGAAAUAACAUUGUGA